AUCCUGUCCCGCUACCAGCACUUGGAGGUGUUAGGGCUUUGCCAGAUAUGCACGCUGUUGCCAGUCUCAGGCCGGUGCCGGCGCAGCUUGCGGCUAGCAGGCCAGUUGGCGCCAGGCGAUGCCGGCGAACGUUCCGAUGCAGAGCCCGCCAGGACGACGUGCUGGCCAAUGAGCCUGAAAUAAAGCUGGUCAAUGGCGCGGUCACCUCUGGCCCCAGCUUGGCGGUGGAGGUCAAUGGCUUGAAGCUGCCAAACCCUUUUGUCAUUGGGUCGGGGCCGCCGGGUACCAACUAUGCGGUGAUGAAGAAGGCGUUUGAGGAGGGGUGGGGCGCUGUGAUUGCCAAGACCGUGAGCUUGGACAGCAGCAAGGUGAUCAACGUCACUCCGCGGUAUGCCAAGAUGAAGAGCAGCGACGGCAAGGAGGUGAUUGGCUGGGAGAACAUCGAGCUCAUCAGCGACCGGCCGCUGGAGGUGAUGCUGGAGGAGUUCAAGCGCCUCAAGGCGGAGUUCCCGGACCGCGUGCUCAUCGCCUCCAUCAUGGAGGAGUACAACCAGGCGGCGUGGGAGGAGCUGAUUGAGCGGUGCCAGGAGGCGGGCGUUGACGCUUUCGAGAUCAACUUCAGCUGCCCGCACGGCAUGCCCGAGCGCAGGAUGGGGAUGGCCAUGGGGCAGGAUUGCGAGCUCCUGCACGAGGUGUGCGGCUGGAUCAACGCCAAGUCCACCAUCCCGGUGUGGGCCAAGAUGACGCCCAACGUGACGGACAUCAGCAUGCCCGCCCGCACCGCGCUGGCUGCUGGAUGCGAGGGCAUCGCCGCCAUCAACACCAUCACCUCGGUCAUGGGCAUCAACCUGGACACGCUGCGCCCAGAGCCAUGCGUGGAGGGCCAUACCACCCCUGGCGGCUACUCCAGCCGCGCCGUCAAGCCCAUCGCCCUGGCCAAGUGCAUGUCCAUCGCUCAGAUGAUGCGCCACGACUUCCCGCACUCAGCCGCCAGCCUGAGCGGGCUGGGGGGCGUCAACACGGGGCGGGAUGCGGCGGAGUUCAUCCUGCUGGGCUCCAACACGGUGCAGGUGUGCACCGGCGUCAUGCUGUACGGCUACCCGCUCAUCAAGAAGCUGUGCGGCGGCCUGCAGGCCUUCAUGCAGCAGCACGACUUCGCCUCUGUGGAGCAGUUCCGCGGCGCCUCGCUGCCCUACUUCACCACCCACCACGAGCUGGUGCGCAUGCAGCGCGAGGCGGUGGAGGCCAAGAAGAAAGCGCGGGUGGGGCUGGCCAAGGACGACGAGUGGAGUGGGGACGGGUUUGUUGAGGAGGCGGAGAGCAUGGUGUCCAACUGAGGGACCGCCCAGAGAGGCGCUCGGCGCUUGGGCCAGCGGCGGAGACUGAGGCUGGCGGCGCACUAGCUGGGCUAGGCAGGCAGGCAGCUAGGAAGCAGCAGUGGACCGCGGGUCGGGCAGUGCCUCUGUGGCGGCGCUGUAGCGCCAUCAGCGCAGCUGCAGGCCUGCUCGUUUUUUCAUAGUCACCGAUCAUUUUUCCUUACUUUUUCAGAUGUAUGUACCAUAUGCGCAGUAUGCUUAAACGUUCCCGUGAUUGUACUCAUUGCGUGGCACGGCAAAAAAUGUGCAACAAAGGCAUCACGUAC